AUGGACUGGACGUUGGACGAGCAAACGAGGAGGUACUAUUACUAUGACGACGACACGAACGAAACUGUGUAUGACGAUGGCCGAAGAUUCGAGGGUGCCAGGAGCGAUAUGGAACCGGGCAGAGCAAUCUUACUUGAUGCGCCUUAUGACAUACAUGAACACCCAACAGGAUUAUUCCCGGAGAGAGCCGACGAGUUCUCAACAUCCUUCCCUUCAGAACCACUCGACGAGGCUCGCUAUAAAUUUGUGAGGGACCUAGGUGAAGGCACGCAAGCGACAGUGGGCGAGUACAAAGAUGGAAAAGAGGUACUCGCCAUCAAGACCUACCAGUUCCAGUCCUCCACCAACGAACUCUACCACAACAUCCAGCGGGAAAUCGAAAUCAUGGGACGCCUUUCCAGGCAAGAAGAAGCACACGACUACAUGGUCUCCCUCAUCCGCUGGCACAAAGACCCCGAGAAGCACGAGAUCAAACUCGUAAUGAGCCCAGUUGCAUCGCAGGGAAGUCUUUGCGAUCUUCUUCUCCGCCAGUUUGACGAAACCACCGAAGUCAUCGGCGAACAGUUCCUCCUCAAUGCAAUCGGGAACCUGGCACAGGGCCUCGCAUUUAUCCACUUGUCGUCAAUGCGCCACAAAGACAUCAAUACCCAGAACGUGCUCAUCCAUGAAGGUCGCGCCAUUUACGCCGACUUUGGUAUCUCACUGAUCUUUAAUUGUUUGAUCUCGCCAACGGGCGCCUCGUUCAACCCCACUGAAUCUACCCUGUACGAGAACGCGUAUGCCGCACCCGAAAUAGUAGACGGCGCGCCCAGAAGCACAAAGUCGGAUGUGUUUUCUCUGGGAUGCGUGUUCUGGGAGCUUUUGGCUGCGAGAAGCGUGGCGGUGUUGGGCAGAGAUGAUUACAAGAUGGAGACGGGAUUUCAUUGGGGAGAAAAUCAAGCAGAUGGGUACGCGAGGAGGGUGCGGGAUCGGAGUCUACGUAUGGCUUUUGAGAGCAUGAAAGAGGAGGACGGUAUGCAAAAGUAUGGGCGGAUUGUUGAUGUGAUUGAGAUGAUGGUGAGCGAGGAUCCAGAUGAGAGGCCUGAGGCUGAUGAUGUCUUUGAUCUAAUAUUUGGAUAA